CUAGCAGAUCACAUAAGUUCGCCCAGCUGAAUUUUAAGAUCGCUGCCAGAGCUAGAGGAGCAUAUUAGCUCGUAUAACUAACAGAUUAACUUGUCGUAGCCCAUAUCUCCUUCUGCCGUGUCUAGGUCUACGUAUAGCUAUACCUGUAGAAUUUCGUAAAAGUACUAGUACAAGUAUAAGUAUAAGUUUGCUCGACUACAUUCUCUUUCUCUCACAAACCAAUUAUAUUAUAGAUUUUCAGCUGUUGAUUUCCAUUUCUUGUCGUCUUCAGCAAAAAAAAAAUGGAGGGACAAGACAGUCGCAGCCCUGUGAGUGGGCGAAAGGCAUCCAUCACAAAAAUCUUGUCUUUGCAGUUUCUGAUGACGGCCUUGUCGUUUGAUGUCUUCCAGCCAGACGGUAUGCCUGUGUCUGGUUCGCCUUUUGCGUUUGCGGUUCGGGUGCAGCCACAGGCCUCGUCUGUCACCGAGCGGGGAAAGGAAAGCCGAGACUCUUCGUCUGCGAGUCCGAUUUUCCAAGGAGAGAAGUUUAGUUACAGUGACACAUAUCAUGUUGGGCAAUCAGCAAUUCAAAGUUGUUCUGAGCGAGGAGGACAGAAAAAACUUGCAAUGCACAACGUCGAUGGCGCCCGCACCGACUUCAUCGGGCGUGCAGGUGGCGCCCUCAUGACAGAGCCGGUGCUGGACAUCGCGGGGGGUCAUGCCUUGGUUACUUCAGAAGCCACACCGGCGGCCCUGCCUUCGUUUCGGACGAAGGCUCCCUUGGUUGACGGGGAUCGGCCGCUCGACUGGUUCACCGAACGCUUUGGUGGAUUGUGGCGAUCGGCGCUUCUCGACGUGGGGGCGAAGACGCGGAGCCAGGGACGGUCAAGUCUUGUUGUCAAG